CCUGCUCAUUUGAAGUUAAAGAUAGAGGCAGCAGCACAAGCUGUGUCCUGACCGUUUCUAAUUUCAGAUAUCUGACUGUCGCUAAGCUAACCACCGUCCAACUGAGGCUGGCUACUUUUGUUGUCACGCUUGCCUGGUAGAGAGGGCUUCAUACUCUGUACAGUUGUUAAGAAAGACAAACCUUUGGAGUAGCACACAGACCGACAAGGAGAAGGAGAAGGAAACAUAGGAACAUGGUACAUUCUGAAGGAAUGAUUGAAGAUCGUGGGAGGAUUGAAGAUCGUGGGAGGAGUGGCGACAUCAUGGCGGAGAGACGACAACUGUUCGCAGAGAUGCGGGCACAAGAGUUGGAUUCCAUAAGAUUGUCCACAUAUAGAACUGCUUGCAAACUCAGAUUCGUUCAGAAGAAAUGCAAUCUCCAUUUGGUGGACAUCUGGAACGUGAUCGAGGCGUUCAGAGAGAACGGCCUGAACACCAUGGACCUCAACACAGAGUUCACUGUGGCUCGCCUGGAAGCAAUACUAUCGACCAUCUUCUACCAGCUCAACAAGCGCAUGCCCACCACACACCAAAUCAAUGUGGAACAGUCCAUCAGUCUGCUACUCAACUUUCUCCUGGCUGCCUAUGACCCGGAAGGCCUCGGAAAAAUGUCUGUCUUUGUUGUGAAGAUGGCCCUAGCAACCAUCUGCGGAGGAAAGAUUUUGGAUAAAUUAAGAUAUAUUUUUUCACAGAUAUCAGACCCUGGUGGCAUAAUGGUGUACUCCCAAUUCGACCAGUUUCUGAGGGAGGUUCUCAAAUUGCCAAUGACUGUUUUUGAGGGGCCUUCCUUUGGCUAUACUGAGCAAUCCACAAGAACCUGCUUUGCACAGCAGAAAAAGGUCUCCCUCAACACAUUCCUGGACACGAUGAUGUCAGAUCCUCCUCCUCAGUGUCUGGUGUGGUUACCACUCAUGCAUCGCUUGGCUAAUGUGGAGAAUGUGUUUCACCCGGUCGAGUGCUCCUACUGCCACAGUGAGAGUAUAAUGGGCUUCCGCUACCGCUGCCAACAAUGUCAUAAUUACCAGCUCUGUCAGGACUGCUUCUGGAGGGGGCAUGCCAGUGGUUCCCAUAGCAACCAGCACCAAAUGAAGGAGUACACGUCAUGGAAAUCGCCUGCUAAGAAGUUAUCUAAUGCUCUCAGCAAAUCACUGAGCUGUGCAUCUAGCAGAGAACCUUUACACCCCAUGUUUCCUGACAUGCCAGAAAAACCUCUGAACCUAGCCCACAUUGUAGACACUUGGCCUCCCAGACCAAUGAAUAGCACCAAUGACUUCAUGCUCUCCCACUCCAUGCCCACAUCAGGGAACCCUUACUCCACUAAGAAUUUGCUGGAGAGCAGUUCCCACCAGGAGGAAGAGCACAGUCUCAUCGCCCGUUACGCUUCUAGACUGGCCUCUGACGCAGCCGCCGCGCAACAGCAGCAGAGGGUCCCCAACGACAUCUCUUUCUCUCUGGAUGCCAACAAGCAGCAGAGGCAGCUUAUUGCUGAGCUAGAGAGCAAAAACAGAGAGAUCUUGCAGGAGAUCCAGCGUCUGAGAGUGCAGCACGAGCAGGCCUCACAGCCUCCCACAUGCACGUCCCAACAGAACCCCACGCUGCUGGCCGAGCUACGGCUUCUCAGGCAACGCAAAGAUGAGCUGGAGCAGAGGAUGUCUGCUCUGCAGGAGAGUCGCAGGGAACUCAUGGUACAGCUGGAGCAGCUGAUGCUGCUGCUGAAGGAGGAGGAAAGGAAGCAAGCUACUCAGGGACCUGGCUCCCCCCGCUCGUCUCCCAGCCACACAGUCAGUCGGUCCAUCCCCAUGCCAACCCAGUCAGAGUCUGCCGGCACCACACCCACUCACACCCCUCAGGACUCACUCAUGGGUGUGGGAGGGGACGUGCAGGAGGCCUUCGCUCAGGGCCCCAGGAGGAACUUGAGAAAUGACCUCCUUGUUGCAGCUGACUCCAUCACCAACACCAUGUCUUCAUUGGUUAAAGAGCUCAAUUCAGAGGCUGGAAGUCAAUCAGAGAGCAACAUGGACUCUCAGACGGAUGGACUGUUCUCCUCUCCCACUUCCGAUCUUCUAGCACAGAUGACCACUAAACCACGUCUUGGUGGCAGGAACCCUGGUGGAGUUGAGGAGGAGUACUAUGAGAACGACUUGGUUCAGGUGCUGGAGGAUGAGCUGAAGAUGGGGGAACUACUAAAACACAGACGGGAGCAAGAUAAACCCCAUAUGGUGACUUUGCAGCAAUGAUCUUGUUUAACAAGUCUCCUGGUAAGCAAUAUGAAAAGCCACAAAAGUAGAAAACCACUGGAAGAUGGAUGAGAAGAGAAGGCAUGUAGAGAAGGCUGUGGAGAGAUGAUGGUCCACAUGCAUGCAAGUCAAACUAAAAAACAAGUGACAAGGAGGAAGGAUCAAAGUUAUGACACUGCUAAAUCCAACAUAUUAUGUAAAGAUCUAUUUUUUAAACCAACAGCAUUUUUAAGUGAAUACUGUGAACCGAUAUGGAUGGAUUAUUAAACAAAACAGCUAUCUAUUAUACCACCGGUGCCAUAAAAUCGAAUAACUUUGUUGAGAAUUAUUUGAUUUUUAAUCAUAUUAUUUUGGGGUAUGAGUUGUUGAAGAAUUGUGCAAGUAUGUGCUGUAGUUCAUUUUUCCCUGGGGCCACAUUCGGUCUUCAACGAGUUCCGGAGGGUCGCACUGAAUUGUUUAAAAUAUUUCCUUGCUGUCAAAAUUUGCAAAAAAUUGUCCUCUAUCUAUCAUUUUGGGAAUUUUCUAUGCUCUCUGUUUAGAGUUUAUUAGCGAGCUGGACUGUCAAUAAACUAUGAGUAUAGGUCCAAUAUCAUUUCUACACAGUUGUGAUUAGAUUUUAGUCCUUUUUUUCUUCAUUUUAAAGUAUAUUUUUACUCCAACCACCCACGGGCCAGAUUGGACUCCCUCCGACCUGCGGGCCGGCCGGUAUGUUUGACACCCCUGCUGUAGGUGUAUUGCUGGUGAGAUUGCUUUUUAAACCAAAUAGUAAACUUGGUAUAUGUGUAAACUGAGGCUAUGACCUGGUUGGCCCAUCAGUCGAAUGAUACUGGUGUUGUAUCGCUUUUGUGUUUGUUGUUUGACUGUUUAGCUUUUUGAUUGAGUGGCUUGUCAGAUAGUUUAUUUUAUUUGCCUUAGCUGGUUAGCUUAGCUCACAUUUGGAUGGGGUACAGUCAGACCUUCAAUGCAGCAUGUACUGUAGCUAACAUUGUUCCAGCCACUGAUACAUUUAUAUUCACUGUCAAAAUCACUUUGUUUAUUUCACCCACAAGUAUUGCCUAGUAGUUAAUAGUACUGUAUUACGUAAUACAACUGCAGAAGAGGAACAAUGUUAUUUGCCCUCUUCUGCAUGUUGUGUAUGCCACAUUUGCAAAUUUUAUUUAAUUCCACCUGGAGUAUUAAGCCGUUAGGUGAUACUAAGAGAAUCAGACAGUAUAAGACAAAGAAGCUGAACCUAUGAUACAUCUAAUGCUGGAAAGUGAUAUUGUCUACUGAAGGAUUUUGUUAACUAAUAGCUAUACUUUGAUUAAGAGUUAUAGUUGAUUUUAUUUUAUUACUAGCUGCUUGAGGUUUGAAGAUGUGACGACAUAAAUGAAAUUGGAGUAGGGAAUACAGUACGUAGACAGUACAUAGUAGAUAGAAUGGACAGUACAGUACAUAUAACGGACAACCUUGUUUAUAACACUCCAGAUUCUAAGGUUUACACUUGCAAGAACAGAGGACAUUGUUUGUUUACCAUGUUUUAGAAUCGAUAUCUUCUGUUUUACCAUAGAUUUUGAAGUUGCAUUGUCAUUUAAAUGUUCUGACCAAAUUAUUAGCGUUCUUAUACUCACUCACACACAAAUCUCUCACAAACAUACACCCACAGUCACACACUUGGUAACCAAGCUCAUUGUGUGUAAAUGUUACCCAGUCACUUUAAAAUAUGUGGUGCAAGCCAAUAAAUGUGUGAAAUAUAUCUGGUAUGAUUUUUAUGCUAGUUCGUAUAAGUGAUUUUGCAUGGUGGUGAUGAUGCAUAAUAAACAAAUUGACACAACAUGA